AUGACCAAAAGUAACAUUUUUGUCCUAGAAGCUGACCGUCCAACCGCUUUAUCAACAAUUAGGGCUCUCUAUAGUACCGGAUCCCAUCAUUCAAACCGCCAUAUGGAUGUAACUGCUCUUGUGACCGAACGUGCAUCCAAGGAGGCCUUGGCUGCCCUCCGAGGGUUAUCCUGUAAAAUCGUCACCAUCACCGAUCCACGCAAUGUAUCGUUUGAAGGCUGUACCAAACUUUAUAUCGUUGCCUCCCCCGAACGGCUAGAUUUCCUGAUUCCGUAUAUCGAGGCGGCUAAGAAAGCUUCGGUUCAGUUCGUGUUGCUUCAAAGCGUAAUAAUUGCUGAUGGACGGGGUGAGCAAGGUAAAAAGCAUCUGUAUGCGGAAAACAAGCUUACAGAGCUGUUUGGGAAAAAGGCAUGUCUACCGUUGGAAGAAAACGCAAAAGCAAGGUCGCCAAAGGAACAUAAGAAAUUGCAUCAUCAUGCUUGGUGGUGUAUUUUACGCGUUGGUGUUUAUAGCCAUUACUUGUUUGCCUUCAAGGAUGGGAUUAAGAGGGGAGUUUUGGAAUUGCCCAUUGGGGAUGGGAAGUUUGCUCCCGUCUCAAUCGAGGAUAUCGGUUGUGUUUCGGCCAAUAUACUCGACAAAUCCGAGAACUAUUAUUCUCACGUAUAUACUGUAACAGGUAGUGAGCUUUUCAGUGGUAAGCUACUGGCUUCUCGGCUAUCGGCCAUUCUUAAGCAUGAAGUAAAGUAUGUACCGUCUGAGAUGGCUUACGUGGAAGAAAAGUGUUUGAAAAAGUACAUUCCGAAUGACGUCAUUAGAACAAACGUUAUCACUUUGUUUGAAUUAAUUAAAAAGGGUCGAUUAGAAUACGUAAGCCCUCACUUCACGGAAAUCGAUGGGAUCACACCAAGAACACUAGAACAGUUUAUCCUUGAUUACAAAAAAGAGUUUUCUGCUUAG